CGUCAACAAAGUUUUGCUUUAUUUCAGUGCCUUGAUUUCAGUCAAGCUUUGAGUCAAGUUUUCAUUUUUCAUUUUCACCCUUGUGUGUGAGUUGGACGCAAGAGCCAAGCCGCUACGCGCCCUAACCCAAAAUAACAGCAACAACAGCCUUGUGUGUGAGAACCCGGCGAGGCUGAAGCCGCAGCCUCCCGCACCUCCGCCACUGUGGAUCUGGAUCUGGAACGGACACCGAGUCGGCAGGCCUCAGAGUCUGCCAUGCAGGACUGGAGGAACGCUAUCUUUAACCCACCGCCGUCGGCCUCGUUCACGUAUAAAAUGGGUAACUCGACGGUGCGACUGCAGAGCCGCCUGGUGGUGGCGCUGGGAAUCAUCGGCGGUAUCGUAGUGUUGUAUCUUAUGCUCCAGCGCAGCUCUGGUGGAAUGACUGUCGCUCAAACUGUCUGGGGGAAGUCGGCUCAGACUAGGUGUAACAGCAGCUACCCCCUCUCACACCCACUACCAGGCCGGGGCGGCAUGGGCUCCCGCUACCGUAUCGCCGUCAUCACCGACCUAGACCAGGCCUCGCGCCGGGAGUCGAGCUGGAUCAGUCUCCUGCGGCACGGGUGGUUGGAGUGGCACCACCGUCACGACGGGCGACCCCCGGCAGCGGAGGUGACGUGGGAUGAAGAGGAUGUGACGGUGAAGUCGUCACUGGCAAAUGGCGGUCGCGCCAUGGAGCUUUCGGAGCUGGUCUCGUUCGGCGGACACCUACUUUCUGUCGACGAUCGUACUGGGUGGUGUACCAGCUCUCCAAUGGAAAGGCCGUACCCUGGCUAAUUCUGGCAGAUGGGGAUGCCAAGUCGCCAAAGGAUUUAAAGGUG